AUGGCCAAAGAAGAAAAGCAGUCCGAGGAAGUCCCUCCUUGCGAAACUCUCACCGCAACAACAUCACCGCAGCAGACCGGAGACUCUCCGUGUACUGAGGAACUACGAAAGAAGUUAAUCGCCUUCUAUCUCACAUUCGUUGCUAUUCUCGUCAAUCUCUUCUUGUAUGCUCUCGAUGCAACCACAUUAGCAGUAGCGACACCAGCCAUUGCCGCAGAUUUGAACGGUACUUCCCUAGAGUCGUUUUGGGCUUCCAUCUCCUAUCUCCUCUCCGUCGCCGUCACUCAACCACUUUACGCAACACUAUCGGAUGUCCUCGGUCGGAAGCCUUGUCUUUAUGCCGCGUAUGCCUUCUUCUUUACCGGUUUGAUGGUGUUCGCCCUUGCAAAGACCAUGAGGGUGGUCGUAGCGGGUCGUGUUUUACAAGGUCUAGGCGGCGGGGGUUUAGACGUGCUCAGUGAGAUCAUGAUCAUUGUCACCGAUAUGACGACACUGCAGGAGCGCUCGCUAUACCUUGGACUUAUGGCCAUCCCUACCGCGCUCGGCAGUGUCCUAGGACCGACUGUUGGUGGUGUGUUCAGUAGCCUUGUUAGCUGGCGUUGGAUUGGAUGGAUCAAUCUGCCCCUCCUGGGAAUCUCCUUUCCCUUGACCGUAGUCUUUCUGAAACUACGAUCGCUCCAACAUUCACCGCUGUCCGAGUUGCGGCGCUUGGACUGGACUGGAGUAUUUCUAUUUACCGCAUGGAUCAUAUUGUUUGCGCUUCCGUUGAGCUGGGCAGGCAAUCUUUACGCCUGGGAUUCCUUCCGUACUCUUUUACCGCUUUUGUUCGGCGUGACUAUUCUCGUAGCCUUCGCCUUCUAUGAGGGCAAGGCAAUCACUCCUAUCAUGCCGCAUCGAAUUUUCAAGUCGAGGACGGCAUCAGCUACAUUGCUCAGCGUAUUCAUACACGGAGUCUCCUUGUAUUCCUUGCUUCAAUGGCUACCACUUCUGUAUCAGGCCAUCAUGGCCAAGACAGUGUUAAGCUCGGCAGUAACUCUUCUUCCAACAAGUGCUACGAGCGUAGUAGCGGCCGUUGGAGGAGUCACUAUAGUUGGCUUGGCCAACAUCGGAUAUCGUUGGAGUAUUCGUGUCGCUUGGGCAUUCACAGCGGCAGGAACCGGCCUUCUCGUCUUGCUGGAUGCUGAUUCAACUGCCUCAAUCGCCUAUGGUCUACCGGUGAUUUGGGGAGCCGGUAUUGGUCUAUUGCUCCGCCUCCUAUUUCUUCCGCUGCAAGCAAGCGUAGUUCGCGUUGACGAUACCGGACUGGCCAUUGGAAUCCUCUUGACCUUCCGUCUUCUUGGCGGUCUUGUCGGGUUAUCGAUAUGCUCCACGAUCUUCAGCAGCUACUUCUCACGCUCUCUCGACUCCAUCGGUAGUCUGCCGAUAUCUUUGGAACACUUGCGAGACCCUGAGGCUGCUAUAGCGUUCAUACCGCAACUAAGAGCGCUCGAUCUGCCGGACACAAUUCUCGAGCCUAUUAUACAUGCCUACCUGACCUCUAUUAGAGCAGUUGUGUACGCAAUGACUGGUUUUGCAAGCUUGGGGUUUUUGUCGUCUUUCUUUAUCCAGGAGCUGACUCUGGAGAAAACCGAAAUGGGACAGCAGCAAUUCGAAGAUUGA